GGCGUUUGGUGACGUUGCGCGGCGGUUUUUACUUUUGCCAUUGAGUGUGAAUCUGCCCCGUUGAUCUCUUCGCAGUGCAGUUUUGCCCCCUGAUACGUGAUUUGCUGGAUCCUUGUGUGCUUUCUCACGUCUCCAACAUCACACCUCUGCAGGAUCCCGCCAGAGCGGCCUCAACUUAAAUGAUCACUUAACGUGGACAACGCUCACAGCAACCACAAUGUGGAGGAGUAUUAUAUUACUCUGGCUAGUGAGCCUGUGCCUGUCUGAAAACCAGAUAGGACCUUCAACAGAGAGUGCAUUCACCGUCCUGACGAUUGGCGGAAUAAGCAAUAAGACACAAUGUAGACAAGAGUGUCUGUCUCAAGUGCCCUUGGGAGAUCUUGCCUGCAAUUGGUUCAUAUUAUUUGAAAACCGAUGUGUCUUACUUCAUUGCCACAAACCGAGAUUGUGCCGAAACGGCGUUGACCUUCAGAUGAUUAGCAGAAUGAUUGCUAUCAGUCAGAAAAGAAGAAAAAGAGCUGCUCAGAAAUCAGGACUCUUGGAAACCAAAAGUCCUUCUCGUAAUUUGAGGUCGUUGGGCGCUAAAGUAGCUAAAAAAUCAGCACAGAUCCCAACAGAACCCUCAGCUAUGAUAUCUACGAAGAUUACAAUGACACCGACCGCAGCCAGUACUAUGCUUAAAACUACUACCACGACACCCACCACAGAGCCAAAAACAACAAUGGCAUCGACUACCGGAAAAAAACUCUUCACCACCUCAACAACCUUAAUGACCAGCACCACCUUGGUACGAACAACAACAAUGGUAACCACCUCAGAGCCAAUAACCAUAGUGGCGACCACCCCUCCAGAAACUACAACAAUGCAGGUGACCACUCCAGAGAAAACAACAACCACGGUGGCCACUACGACCAAGCCAACGACUAUGGUGACCACCGCUUCAGAGCCAACAACAAAAUACAUGGCAGUUACCACUACAGAGCCAACAACAUCCAUACCAGUUACUACUGUUCAUGAAACUACUACAUUGCAGACCACAACACUGGGGACCACAACCCAGGAACCUACCACAACCCAGGAACCUACCACAACCCAGGAACCUACCACAACACUGGGGACCACAACCCAGGAACCUACCACAACCCAGGAACCUACCACAACACUGGGGACCACAACCCAGGGGACCACAACCCAGGAACCUACCACAACCCAGGAACCUACCACAACACUGGGGACCACAACCCAGGAACCUACCACAACACUGGGGACCACAACCCAGGAACCUACCACAACCCUGCGGACCACAACCCAGGAACCUACCACAACCCAGGAACCUACCACAACCCUGCGGACGACCACUCAGGAACCAACAACCGUGCCGAUUACUACCACAAAGAUAACAACUUUGCCAACCAAGACCUUGCAGCCAAAAACCGCUGUGAUGGCAACCACCUUGUUGCCAGCUUCAAUCCCAAUGGCUUCUACCAAAGAGCCUAGUUUUGUGAACACUAUUAAUGCCUUCCCUAGUACAUCAACUGUAAAUGAAGCUGUCAAACCAAAUUCCACUAAUGUAGACCAAGCUAAAGAUCAAAAUAAUAACUUGGAAAUACCAGAUGUCACAAAGGAUUUAAGAAAACGCAUACAGAACACUAGUUUUUUGUUGGCUAUGCUGAUACUGGGAAGCCUCCUCUUCCUUGCGGUUUUGGUGGUACUUGCUGUCCGAGCUGUGGAGGGCUAUAAGAAGAGGCAUUAUAACCAGGUUGAUUAUUUAAUAAAUGGCAUGUACACCGAUUCUGGAUUUUGAAGGGGUAGGAGUUGUUGUAUUAUAUUGUUCUCAGUGAACAAUUACUUUUCUUUUUUUUGAUGAUUGAUUCUAAACACCUCCAGUGCAUUUGUAGGUGACUUGAAAGACACCUAUUGUAUUUCAACCUUCUUGAAAUUUUAACAGUAAUCAACCAACUCUGUUAAGUGACUUUUUUCAUUGCUGACCGCAAAGGAAAGCAAUAUGGACGUACGUGUCUAUUACCUUAAUUGCUAUUUAAAUUGAA